UAAAUAAACUUCUUGAGCAGUCCGCUGGUUAUACGCUGUUUACGCCAAAGGGUUGUACACGUGUGUAUUGUUCGUUUUUGAACCUCUGCAGUGUUUCCGUUCUAAUUCAAAAAACGCGAUGAAUCACGCGAUUAUUGUGUUGUUGGCGGUCUCGGUGACGUUGGCCACUUGCACCACCGUGUCGUCGAUCGACAAGUCUCGGGCCAGUGACACUGAUCACAAGGCGGACGGCAAGCAGAAACGUGGAGUGUGGGGCUUGGGAUACGGUGGUGGUGGUGGUGGAUUCUACGACGAGGGCUCGAGCUACGGUACUCUUGGAGGUUACGGGCUUGGCAGCGCCAUCGGGGCCGGUUACGGAGGGUACGGUUACGGAGGGCCCAGUUACGGGGGUUAUGGUUAUGCACCACGCCACUACCCCACGCACGUGCACACCGCCACGACAAUUACCAAGAGCGUGCCGGUACCGCAACCAUACCCGGUGACCGUCGAGAAACACGUCCCGUACCCGGUGGCCGCGCCGUACCCAGUCGAGGUGCCCAGACCGUACCCGGUGGCCGUGCCCAAGCCGUACCCCGUGUCCGUCGAUAGGCCGUACCCCGUGCACGUAGACAGGCCGUACCCGGUGCCCGUGCCACAGCCGUUCGCCGUACCGGUGGUCAAGCACGUCGGCGUCCCAGUGCCACACCCGUACCCAGUUGAGGUCCGCCGGCCGUAUCCCGCGCUGCCACUGCCCUACCACAAGCCGCUGUACUCCGAUCACGAUCUAUGGUGAACACAGCCGUCCAGUGACUUGCUAACAAUUCGUUGUAAAUAUACGAGUAUACACACGUCUUCUACGGAAUUGGCGUCUUUGCCAUACACAAAAUAUGCCAUUGGACUUAAAUACGCAUGUGGAUUAAGAUCAUUAACCGCGUACGACUAUCGCUCAUAUUUUAUUAUUAUUAUAAUAUAUUAUACUGUACACUUUUCCCACACACCGAUCGCCUACUGUAACGUCAGACGUCCCAUGGACCCCACACAUUUUCUUCCUGGGUUUCCGCGUUUUUCUCUUCCAUCGACAAUACACGUGCGUCGUAAAGUAAACGCGCAGUGUAACUAUAAUAUUAUUAAGUAAUACAAAAAUAUGGUUUUAUAGUCCAAAUUUUUACAUUAUGCAUUGUGAUUUAUAAUACACAAAUCUAUAAUAUUAUAUUAUGUUGUUAGUAAGUUAUUAGAUAUUAGUUAUAUUAUACAGUAUAAAAACACUGAUGCAGUAUGUAAAUGAAAAACCGAAAUCUUAUAUUUUGUAACGAGCAUUAUUUCAAAAUGUAUAACCAUACCGAUUAUUAUUAUCUUAUUUUACUAUUAUAGUGUGUUAUUACUGUUUGGUGGACUUUUUCACAUCUGUAAUAAAAUGUUUUUAUUUGUUAUGUUAAUUUAUUAUUCACGUGAACUGCGUACAUAUUUUAUUUAAAUAAAAUACACGUCCACUGCAAU